CGUCCAUAACCAAAGAUAUCUGUCUCUAUCGCUUUAAACAAAUUAUUUGUGAUUUUCGAAAAACCGCCACGAUGGCGUACGGAAAUAUUUGGUUACUUAUAGCGCUGAUUCUAUACAUAGUUAUAUCGAAAAUUAUAUUCGAUACAGUAUACCAGACCUCUAAACUUGUAAUAGACGAGGAAUUUCAUCUACCGCUAGGCGAAAAAUACUGCGAAUUUAAUUUCCGCCAAUGGGACUCGAAAGUCACAACUCUACCGGGGCUCUAUAUAUUAAGUGCUUUGCUGCUUGGUCCUUUUGGAUUGUGUUCAAUAUAUUGGUUGAGAAUGGUUUCAUUCAUAUGCUCCUGUGUUAACUUACUCAUGUUUUACAUAUUGUUUUCUCAAAAUACAAGAGGAGAUCAGAGAAAAAUAUUUUCUGCAAUUAUGCUGGCGCUGUUGCCUCCAUUAUAUUUCUUUAGUCACUUGUAUUACACAGAUGUGGCCUCUCUCACGAGUGUCCUCUUUGUUGUAACAUUUAGCGAAUUUGAGUAUUAUUAUUUGGCAUCACUGGCGGGAUUCAUUUCAAUAGUGUUUCGCCAAACUAACGUAAUUUUCGUUAUGAUGUAUGGAGCAAAAUAUGCCUUGACUGAAUCAUACAAGGUUUGGGCUCAACAACAAAAUGUUACAUUGACGGGAAAGCUGCCAGCCACAAAUUUGAAGCCAUUUCUAACACACUUUAUAGCAAAUCCUGCGAAGAUUUUAAGCAAUUUGUCCCUGCCAUUUUGGCUAAAUUUAUCUUGCUACGCCGCGACUGUUAUCUCGUUUUUAAUAUUUGUGGCAUGUAAUGGCAGUAUAGUAGUCGGCGACAAAAAUGCCCAUCAAAUGACUUUACAUACUCCCCAAGUAUUUUACUUUUGCAUAUUUUGCAUCGUGUUUGGGUGGCCCCAUUUCGUAGGAGAAAUUUUAAAAUUUUUAAGGUUUGCCAAAGCACACAAGUUGAAAAUGUUCCUAUAUUUAAUCUUAUCUGGCUUAAUCGUUCACUUAAAUACCCAAGUGCACCCGUAUUUAUUAGCUGACAAUCGACAUUACACUUUCUACAUUUGGAAUAGAUUCUACGCAAAAUAUUGGUUUUUCACCUAUCUUAUGACCCCAGUAUACGUUUUCGCUGUGCAUGUCACUGUUAAAGCUCUAUGGAAUAAACACGAUGUUAGUUUCUGUCUUACCUAUAUUCCAGCUGUAACUAUAUUAUUAGUUACGCAAAAGCUGAUUCAAGAGAGAUAUUUCUUGGUGCCAUAUAUUUUAUUAAGAUUGAAAUUAAAGUACAAAAAUUCUUCUGCUUUCAAUGUCGCUCUUGAAUUUGCUACAUACAUUAUUAUAAACGUAACGACGUUUGAAAUAUUUUUCAAUAAAGUGUUAUAUUGGAAUGAUCGCGAUGAUCCUCAAAGAAUAAUAUGGUAGUUUUUCAUUGAAAUUUAUGUUUGUUCGAAUUAUUUUGUUUAUCUAAGUCGUUUAAAUGUGAUCGUUUGUUAAUAUAAGAUAAAAUAGGAAAUGUUUGUGGGUUUGGUUCAAUGUUUGUACUUAUAUUUCUAUUUUCUAAAUAUCUAAAUAAUAUCGUAUUAAAUUGUUACCGAAAUUGUCCUGAGAAAAGACU